AGGAAGCCCCCAUAUGAAAGGAACACCACACUAUAAGGAAGAACAAUGUGCCCCAUCAUUAAAUCUAGAGAAGAAGCAAGUGUUGGAUUUGCAAGCAUCUAUAACCAGGUAUGGCGAAUCAUCAUUUAUGCAACACUUGAGGCCUUGAGAAUAUGGGACUGUGUGAUGCUCUCAAAGAAAAUGGCCUAGGAGAAUCUUGAGGUGAUAUACAUAAGAUACGUUAUGAAAUUGCACCAAACAAUUCAUGCACUCUCUUCCCCUCCUACUUUCAAUUUUGGUUAACUACAGUCUGAUCCAAGAACUCUUGUCAGCAUUAACUGUUUAGAAUAAUAAGCUCUAAUUGAAGCUGGCUUGUUUUAAAUUCAACAUAAGUAGUAUUAACCACAGUUUUUCAAUCAGAAUAGCAUAACAAACCAUCCUAAAACCAUACUCUUCAUAGCCAUGUGGGGUGGGAUGGAGAGCACAUAAGUCAGAGGCUCACGGCCACUCAUUCUUGCUCAUGCACAUCAUACUAAACCAUGGUUUUGCAUGACAAGUGAGGACAGCUGUGGAAUAUUUUAUUCUGCCAUUAGAUGAAGUUAGCUGUUGGAUUAUUACUGUACAUUUUCUAUGAUUUAGCAAGCCCUCUGUUUUCUGAUAUUUAUGCAAAAAGCCCAUUCCCAUGCUUUGGAAAAGUUGAGGGUACACUCUGCUCCUCUAGAAAGGAAAAUUAGAAUGAAUUAAGAAAUGAUAUUCAGGUUUUGUAUGGCAAUUGAAGGAGACUGAUAGCAUUGUUCAAAGACUUGCUCUUAGAUACAUUCAAUAUUAAAUCAGUACCGAAAGGAUCUUUGUUGUGGGGUCUUUUAAAUAACACUUUAAUAACUGUGUGCUCGUGAGGGUAAAUGUGCAGGGGAGAAGGUUUGCCUCCUUUCCCCAAACAUCCCCAUAUUAGAGGAAUGCUUGCUUUUCUUUUCAGAUUUAUCUGUGUAAAAAACAAACAAUUUGUCACUGUGGGUGAAGUUACUGUAUUGGUAGAAAUAUUCUCAUUAGGAAACUGGAAAAAUCUUUUUUUUUAAAGCAAUUUAUUGGGUUUUGCAAUAGAAAUAAAUGUAGUAAACAAUAUAGCAUUCGUCUUAACAUAGUUUCACAUUUUCUUUGGACUUCCUCACAUCUCCCGCUCCCACCUUCAUCAUUAUAACAUUUUGUCAGCAAUUUAUCAUCUUAUUUAAAUUCUUAUAUCUCUUCGAUAUUUCAUAAUCUUAAAGUUCUCAUAAAGAGUUAAACUUUCACAAUUUUUCUUGUUUCCUUAAAAAUUUCUAAGUUAAGUGGUGCUCAGUUAUUUAGUCCAGCAUCUUAUUCAGCAUUCAAUCAAAUCACAAUGUUUUUGUAGGUAGUUCUUAAAUUUCUUCCAAUCCUCCUCAAUUCUCUCUUCUCCCAGGUCACGGAUUCUGCCAGUCAUUUCAGCCAGUUGCAUAUAGUCUAUCAGUUGCAUCUGCCAUUCUUCCAGUGUGGGUAGAUCUUGGGUUUUCCAAUGUUUUGCGAGUAGUAUCCUUGCUGCUGUUGUUGCAUACAUAAAAAUGUCUGGUCCUUCUUUGCCACCCCUUGGCUGACAAUACCCAAAAGGAAGGCCUCUGGUUUCUUAGUGAAAGUAUAUUUAAAUACCUUUUUCAAUUCAUUAUAAAUCAUUUCCCAGAACGCCUUCACUUUAGGGCAUGUCCACCAGAGGUGAAAGAACGUUCCUUCACACUCUUUGCAUUUCCAGCACUUGUUAUCAGACAGGUGGUAAAUUUUUGCAAGUUUGACUGGGGUCAUAUACCAUCUAUAAAUCAUUUUCAUUACAUUUUCUUUCAAAGCAUUACAUGCAGUAAAUUUCAAUCCAUUACUCCACAGCCUUUCCCAGUCCUCAAACAUAAUAUUAUACCCAAUAUCCUGUGCCCACCUUAUCAUAGCCGAUUUAACCAUUUCAUCUUGUGUAUUCCAUUCCAACAGCAAGUUAUACAUCCUUGAAAGUAUCUUAGUCUUUGGUUCUAACAAUUCUGUUUCUAAUUUCGAUUUCUCCACCUGGAACCCUAGUUUCUUAUCACUUUUAAAAACUUCUUUAAUCUGAGCAUAGUGUAACCAAUCUCGCACUUUGUCUUUCAUUUUCUCCAAGCUCUGCAAUUUCCAAUUGUCUCCAUCUUUUCUAGUAUUUCCCAAUAUUUUGGCCAUUUGGCCUCCAUAUUGGGUCUUUUCGGGCCUUAGCUUCCAAAGGUGAAAGCCACCUUGGUGUUUUAUUUUCCAGCAAGUCUUUAUAUUUUGUCCAGACAUUAAACAGUGAUUUUCUAACAAUAUGGUUCUUAAAGGCCUUAUUUGCUUUAACUUUGUCAUACCAUAAAUAUGCAUGCCAUCCAAAAACAUUGUUAAACCCUUCCAAAUCUAACACAUCAGUGUCUUCAAGAAGUAGCCAAUCUUUUAGCCAGCAGAACGCUGCGGCUUCGUAAUACAACUUUAAGUCCGGCAGGGCAAAGCCCGCUGUUUGGUUUGCAUCGGUUAGUAUGUUAGAGUUAAUUCUGGGCUUUUGCCCUGCCAGACAAACUUCGAAAUGUCUCUCUGCCACUUCUGAAAGCACUCCAUUUUGUCCAAUACCUGCAGUGUUUGAAAUAAAAACAACAUUCUUGGCAAUACAUUCAUCUUAAUCGCAGCAAUUCGGCCUAACAAAGAAAGUUUCAAUUUUGACCAACUGUCUAAGUCUCUCUUAAUUUCUGUCCAACAUUUUUCAUAAUUAUCCUUAAAUAGACUUAGAUUUUUUGCUGUUAUGUUUACCCCUAGGUAUUUUACUUUUUAACCACAUUAAGUUCCGUCUCAUUCUGAAACCGUUCUGACUCUGUCUCAGUCAGAUUUUUCCCCAAAACCUUAGUUUUCUGUUUGUUUAAUUUAAAUCCCGCCACCCGACCAAAAUCAUUAAUCAAUUGUAAUACUCUUUUCGUACUAGGCUCUGGCUUCUGCAGGGUCAAAACCAGGUCAUCUGCAAAAGCUUUUAAUUUAUAUUGUUUCUGACCAACCUGAAUUCCUUCCACCAGCUGGUCCCCUCUAAUCAUGUUCAAUAGCACUUCCAGGACCGAAAUAAAUAACAAAGGGGAAAUAGGGCAACCUUGUCGUGUCCCUUUUUCAAUUUUGAACUCUUCUGUAACCACAUUAUUAACUAUCAGUUUUGCUUUCUGUUCUGAAUAUAUCGCCUCAAUCCCAUUCUCAAAACCCCGUCCCACUCCCAUCUCUUUUAAGUUUCCCAUCAUAAAUUUCCAAGAAAUGUUAUCAAAGGCCUUCUCCGCAUCUAUAAAAAUUAAAACAGCUUUUGUAUUUAUGUCAGUUUGGAGAAGUUCCAAAAUAUCAAUAAUGUUCCUUGUGUUAGCAAACAAAUGUCUACCUGGGAGAAAACCGCCUGGUCCUUAUGAAUUACCUCAUUUAAAACGUUUUUAAAUCUACUUGCCAAAAUAUCUGCAAAUAUUUUGUAAUCCACAUUUAAAAGGGAGAUGGGACGGUAGUUCUUCAGUUGUGUCUUUUCAGUUUCUGACUUCGGUAUCAAUGUGAUAAACGCUUCCUUCCACGAGUCCGGUGCCCUCUUCCCCUCCAUAAUUUCAUUGCUAACCUCCAUCAAAGGUUGUAUCAAAUAGUCUUUUAGUGUCUUGUAAUACUUGGAGGUCAGCCCGUCUGGCCCUGGAGAUUUGCCAAGUUGCAUGUUCUGAAUAGCUUGUUCAAUCUCCUGUCGUGUUAUUUUAGAGUUCAGGAUUGUCCUAUUUUCUUGUGACAGUUUAGAUAAUCCAUUUUUUGCCAAAAAUUGUUUAAUCUCAACUUCGUCUUGCGGCCCUUGGGUAUAUAAUUUUUUAAAAUAUCUGGAAACUGGAAAAAUCAAUGAAAAAAAUGUAAUAAGCCUUGAAAAGUACUUCUCUGUUGAGUGAAUGGACCUAUUUCUUUCAGCCUCAGUGUCUGGGGAAUGAUGUGUCUUUCUUGUAGCUUACAGUCCAUGCUGGAGGAUCUCCUUGUUGCUACUAUUGAUGGUUUCCUGCAUCUUAUUCACUGGGAUGGCAUGAUGAAUGGAAGGAAAGCCAUAAACCUCUGCACAGUCCCAUUUUCAGUGGAUCUGCAUUCUUCUAGAGGUAUUACUUCUCUGCCUGGGCGUAAAUGGGAGGAAACGCUUCACUAAAAUGAAAUCUACUUUUCUCGGUCCUUACAGCUGACAUGAACAUUUUCCCUAUUCUGUAGCUGUGGAUAGUACCACUUCUUGUGCUGAUGAAAGAAAGAAAUAGUGUGCGGUAUGAAAAUGGCCUUUUGAUCAUUGAUCUUGUUCACUACCAGGUUCAUAUUUGGGAUUUGAAGAUGUGCACAUCAAAGACAUGGAAUACUGUGCUACUCUUGAUGGGUUUGCUGUUGUCUUUAAUGAUGGCAGAGUUGGUUUCAUUACACCAAUGUCAAGUGGAUUCACAGCAGAG